GCCUAUAGCUAGUGAAUGCAUUAUAGCACUAGAGGGAAAGCAACAAAUUACCUUUUCUUUCUAGAUCCCUUUAGCAAGAAAAUUGUUGCCUCGAUUAUCCAGAUUUUGCGAGCUAAAAUUAGAUAGUAUAGUGAACGGUUUUGGUGAUCAGUGUCAAAUUAGGCUCCAUUACUGUAGAUAUCUGUAGUGAUUGGACUUCCCUUGAGUAGGUGCAUGUAUCUAAGCGUAAUCAUGACAGGAUCGUUACAGUUACUCAGUACCCAUGAUUCCUUCAGUUUCUUCCUGGACAAGACGUCUGACAUCUCGCCUGGAGAGCCACCGGAGAUCAAGGCUGCCGUCAUGAUCAUGGGGCAGGCUGGGAAGGAUCUGGUGUACCGCUGGUCCGUCACACAAGACAUCUGCUUCAUGGAACAGCUCAAUGAUGGUGUGCGCUACUUCGACUUCCGCGUGGCGGGGAGAAAGAGCGACAGCUCGCUGUACUUUGUACACGGACUGUAUGGAAGCAAAGUGGAGAGCGCUCUGCUGGAGAUCGCCCAAUACCUCAACACCCACCCAAAAGAGGUGGUGCUCUUGGAUUUCAAUCACUUCUACAGCAUGGUCGACUUCCACCACGAGCGCUUGAUCGCCAUCCUGAAAGAGAUGUUUGGUCCGAAGCUGUGCCCGAGAAUGGAUCCCGCCGACGUGACCCUGGCCACGCUGUGGGACCGCGGGCAGCAGGUCAUCGUGUUCUACCACAACAGCGUCGCCGACCGCCACAUCAACCUGUGGACGGGGGAGGCCAUCGUCGCGCCCUGGGCAAACACGCCAGAGAUCCCGGUACUGGUCGACUUCCUCAACACAGAAGUACGCGAGGAAUCCAAGUUCUACGUGUCGCAGGGAGUCCUCACACCCACCGCGGGAACCAUCUUGGGGAACCUGAACGGCAGUCUGAAGGACGUGCUGGCGACUCCCGUCAUGCCGCACAUCCUGAAGUGGUUAAACGGGAGGAGACCGGGAUCUGGCAGCCAGGGGGUCAACAUCAUCAUCGCUGACUUUGUGGAUCUGGCCGAGUUCCUGCCAGCAGUCAUCAACUUAAACUACAAGGAAACUCUCUAAGACUGGGGAACACAGUAACCAGUUCUAAUGUCAUGUAUUGUGUGCAUCAAUGUUGUGAUUCCAACACAAACAUUAGGCUUCAGUUGGCACAGCUGAGUCUCCUUGUAGUGUAGUUGUAAAUGUUAGACGUGUACCCUUUUAUAGUGUGCAGGAAUAUUUAUGUGUGACCAAGAAAAAGGCAAAAUCUCAGUGUCAUUCAGACACUAAUGUAAAGUGUUAUUGUCUUUUGUGGAAUAUCACAAAUGAAUGGAUGUGGAGUAUUUUGCAUGUACACAGAGCAGCUGUCAUAAAUGACUUAUUUCCUCCAGGUCAAAUCUAUUGGUUUAUACAACAUUCCAGAGGGAAUAGCUAAGUAAUGGAAGCUGUUUUACCAGUAGAAUGACCUGAGUAACAAAUGAAGUAAGGGUCAGUUUUGUCCAACACAAACUCCCCUUCUUCGAGCAAUUUAUGUAUAUGUGUAUUGAAUCUGAUGUAGAAAGGAAAUUAUAUGUAGAGAAUGGAAUUAUAUGUAAAAGCAGAUCAGUAAUGAAAUUAUAUGGAGAAGAUAAGUGUACAGAAAGAAAGGUAAUAUUGGUCAGACAUGUGACUCACAUGACAGAAAGGUAGCAGAUGAAAUACAGUAAUAUAUAGUAGAUACCCCAGAAAGUAACUUGACUGUGAUCCUAUCAAAGAAGACUGCAUGUAUGUAUGUUUAAUAUCAGCACCAUUUCUUCCAGAUACAAACUAUAAUGAAAUCCAUGACAUGAAUCAUGAUGAAUACCAUUUGACUUUCAUAACUAUGUAUUGUGUUGAAAACACUACAUUUCCAAUCAAAAGUCUUAAAUUUUUUUGUAGGUUGUUCACAUGUAAUAUGUCUUACCUUGGUGCAUUGUUAAUACACUGGAGAAGCUGUCUCCCAAACCAGCGUGGCCAGUGCAAUUUUGUGCAGUACUGUCAAUACCUGCUAGAAGGCGCUUGUGAUCCAUGACGAGGAUCCCAUCAAAUGUGUUGCCCUUCAAGGUUCGUUGGAGGCCAACUGAGGCCUAACAAAUACACAUUCCAUGCAGAUGUAUUUUUCAUCAUGAAGAAAAAGUCUUUUAACAACUGAAAAUGAACAAUUCUACUUACAUAUUGAGUGGUGGAAGACUUUCUGAAGUGUACAUGUAACGUUAUAUGUAAAUUGAUAAUUAUUACGUUCAUGUUGUAGUCUCCCCUCAAGACUGCCUUCAGCUUUUUAAACUAAACUCCAAAAGCAAGUGUUAUUUUCCUAUUGAUUAUGUAUCAAUGUCUUCACAAUCAGCAGCCUUUUUGCAGAAUUUCACUUGUGGUGAAUUACGCGAUGUGUGUUUGGAUAACUCACUAAACCCUACCCAUGCACUU